UGGUGGGGGGUGGCCUCUGUUACCUUCUGGUGGAAUUCUGCCUUGCCCUAGAGAGGCAGGGUUGGAGCCCAGCUCAGCCUCUUUCUUGCCAUGGGGCCUCUCUGACACUCUGUUUCAUCUUCUGGUCAUGCUCACGGGGUAGCCCUCUGAGUGGGCCAGGGGAUAGUGUGCACCUAGACCUCCCCCUCCCUUACAGCUGCCCCCUGCUCCAGAUUUUGAUAACCCUGUUUCCUGUUGGGUUUGGAGACUCUGCAGCAGUCCAGGCUCUGGCUGGGUCCACUUGUGACCAGAUAGACAGCCCAAGCAGAGGUGCUCUGGCAAGUGUGGGCUGGGCAGGGAUGCUGAGGUCCUGGGUGUUGGCUGCCUGCCUGCAGGUGGGGUGUGCAGCCCUGUGUGACCCAGCACCAGUGGCCUUGGGUUGAUGGCCUCCUGAACCUUCCAGCAGGGUCUGAGGCCCAUGCAAGGGCUAGGCAGGCAUACCGUUCUUUCUGGCCCUCAGAUCCAUCCUCCUGUGCUCCAGGACCCCUACCUCCUGCUCUUGGACUAGGGGGAGUGCCCCAGUUAUUGCCGCAUACCCUCGUGUUCUUCAUCCUUGACCUUGACCAGUGGGCGGGAUGGUCAUCCCCAUUUCCCAGAUGAGGAAACUGGGUCCCAGAGAGGGACAGCCACAUGCCUGUGUACACAUGGCUGGGCUUGGUUAUGACCCAUACAACCCCGAGCUGCCCAAGCCCUCCUCACAGAGGGAGAAUGGGGCCCUGGGCCGAGGGGAUGAGCCCCACUCAGACAUCCUGGAGCUGGAGCUGGUCAACCAAGCCAUUGAGGCUGUGCGCUCUGAGGUGGAGCUCGAACAGAGGCGGUACCAGGAGCUCCUGGAGACGGCCCGGGAGCACAGCUCAGUGGAGGCCCCUGCCCUAGCACCCUGCGGCACUGCUGCCUGCCCCGCUGCUGGCCUGGAUGGGGACACCUUCCCACUGUCCUUCGAUUACAACCCCAGCGGCCAUGGCCUGUUAAGCCCUGAUGGCGGCUACCAGCCCACCCCGCUGGCUGCCCCUGCUGACUCUGGCAGCAAGUACUCGCUGGCCUCUCUGGACCGGGGUCAGGGUCAUGGUGGAGGGGGUGUCAGUGCCUUGGAGUAUGUUCCCAAGGCUGUGAGCCAGCCCCGGCGGUAUGGCCGCCCCAUCCCUAGUGGCAAGUACGUGGUGGACAACUCUAAGCCGUCUACAGACCUGGAAUACGACCCACUGUCCAACUUUUCUGCCCGCUUGCUAAGCAGGGCCAGCGCCAAGGAUGACAGGGCCCCCAAGCGGCCCAGGGGCUCCCGCAGCAGUGAGCCCUACACACCUGCACCCAAGAAGCCCUGUGACCCCUUUGGCAGCUGUGAUGCCAGGUUCUCAGACUCAGACGAUGACGCUGCUGCAGCUCCUGGGGAUAGGCCCACCACUGCCAGCCCCCCAAGAGCCCGAGCAGGCCCUGAGAGCAAGGCCCCAGGGAGGCCAGGCUCCAGGGAGGGCCCAGAGCCUGAGGAGGUCAGCCUCCGGGAGACUAAGGAGAUGGCCGUGCAGUACGAUGUGGGGGAUCUUGGGCAGCCGCCCACGGGCCCAGGCCGGUCACCCCCUGCCAAGCCCAGCUCCCCAGCCAGGCCUUCACAGGAGCACAGCAGCCCCAAGGAAGGGAAGCCCAAGAAGAAGAAAAGUAGGGUGCUGCCAGCCACUGGCCAUAAGGACAGUGUCCGGAAGUCAGACAAGAAUAGGGAUGCAGAACGUGGGAGGCCGGCCGAGAAGCCCUGUGGAGACAAGAGGGGUCCGCAGGCCAGCAGCCCCCGGCACAGGGCGGAACGGCCCCAUGGGACCAAGAAAAAGCCAUCUUCAGCCACUGCGGUGAUCAGCUCAGGGAAAGGCCGGCCCAAUGGCUCGGGACCACGGCAGAGCCCCACAAGGGUGGGCGCCCACCCUCCGCCAGACAGGACGGGUGGGAAGACCCCAUCAGGGAAGCUGAUAGAGCGGAAGGCCCGCUCACUGGAUGAGGGCGCCCCCCGGGACGCCCCCAAGCUGCAGAGGCGGGCUCUGAGCCAUGCCGACCUCUUUGGGGAUGAGAGUGAGGACGAGGACCCCGGGUCCCAGGCACCGGGACUCCGGCCACCUGCCCUUCCCAGCCUCAGCUCCGACUCUGACUCCGACUCUGACACGGACUCUAGCCUGAGUCUCUCUGCAGCUCAGGGGCCGCCCAAACGCCUCAAGGCCUCCCCGCCCCCCUCAGCUGGCCAGUCCUCCCCCUCAUCCUCCUCCUCCUCGGGGGCGGGCUCUGAUGUGGACUACGCUGCCCUGGAGAAGGAGGUCGACUUUGACUCUGACCCCAUGGAAGAGUGCCUGCGAAUUUUCAACGAGUCCACCGCUGUCAAGACAGAGGACAAGGGCCGGCUGGCUCGGCAGCCUCCCAAGGACGAGAAGGCUGAGGAUAAGGGGCACUCAGGGCUGGCCACUCUGUUCCCGGGGCAGAAAAGGAGGAUUUCGCACCUCUCCAAGCAAAGCAAGGGGGCAGAGCCCAUGAGGCGAGGCCCAGUGCCUCCUGCCCGGCCUCCUACUGCUCAGGAGGUGUGCUACCGACGGGCCCAGCAGGCACAGAGGGAGUCAGUCAGCUUCCUCCAGGCUGUCCAGCAGCCAUCCUCAGUCCACAUCUCGGCCCCUGGAGAGAAGAAGAGGAUCGCCCACGUCCCCAACCCCCUCCUGGCUGCAGCCCCCACAGGUGCCAAGAGGACCCUCUCGGCCAGCACCAGCCAGACUCCCAAUGGCCCUGAGCUGGGCAGCCAGCCCCUGAAGACGCGCACACUGUCCGGCAUGGCAUCCAAGACCACCACCACUGUCACCCCCAAGCGCGUGGCACACAGCCCAUCCUUACAGAGUUUAAAGAAGCCCAUUAUCCCAAAAGAGUUUGGUGGCAAAGUCCCUACUGUCAUUCGUCAGCGGUAUCUCAACCUAUUUAUUGAGGAGUGCCUCAAAUUUUGCUCUUCUAACCAGGAAGCCAUAGAGAAGGCGCUCAAUGAGGAGAAGGUGGCCUACGACCGCAGUCCCAGCAAGAACAUCUACCUGAAUGUUGCUGUGAACACCCUCAAGAAGCUGCGGGGCCUGGUCCCCCGCACCGGGCCUGGUCUCAACAAAACCAGCAGCCGCAGAGUUGUGUCUCAUGAAGUGGUGCUGGGGGGCAAGUUGGCUGCCAAGACCAGCUUUUCGCUCAGCAGACCCAGUAGCCCCCGUGUGGAAGAUCUGAAGGGGGCCGCCCUGUACAGCCGCCUCAAGGAGUACCUGCUCACCGAGGACCAGCUCAAGGAGAACGGCUACCCCUUCCCACACCCCGAGCGCCCGGGAGGCGCUGUCAUCUUCACGGCAGAGGAGAAGAAGCCCAAGGACUGUGAGUCCCUCCCACACCCCACCCUCCUGGGGGCCAGGCAGAGCCUUCUGGAGGGAGUGGGCUGUCCUGACACGUUGUCCCCUCUUUCCCUGUCCCUGCCCGCAGCCUCCUGCAGGGUCUGCUGCCGCUGUGGCACUGAGUACCUUGUGUCCUCCUCUGGGCGCUGUGUGCGCGACGAGGAGUGUUACUACCACUGGGGACGGCUCCGCCGGAACCGAGUGGCUGGUGGCUGGGAGACUCAGUACAUGUGCUGCUCGGCUGCCAUCGGCUCCACCGGCUGUCAGGUUGCCAAGCAACACGUGCAGGAUGGCCGGAAGGAAAGCCUUGAAGGGUUUGUGAAGACUUUUGAGAAAGAACUGUCAGGAGAUGCGCACCCAGGAAUCUAUGCCCUUGACUGUGAAAUGUCCUACACCACGUACGGCCUGGAGCUGACGCGGGUCACGGUGGUGGACACAGACCUACAAGUUGUGUACGACACCUUCGUCAGGCCGGACAACGAGAUCGUCGACUAUAACACCAGGUUUUCAGGGGUGACUGAGGCUGACCUCGCAGACACAAGCAUCUCACUCCGGGAUGUCCAGGCCGUGCUGCUCAGCAUGUUCAGUUCGGACACCAUCCUCAUUGGCCACAGCCUGGAGAGUGAUCUCCUGGCCUUGAAGGUUAUCCACAGCACCGUGGUGGACACGUCCGUGUUAUUCCCGCAUCGCCUGGGCCUCCCGUACAAGCGCUCCCUGCGGAAUCUCAUGGCCGACUACCUCAGACAGAUCAUCCAGGACAAUGUGGAUGGGCACAGCUCCAGUGAGGAUGCCAGUGCCUGCAUGCACCUGGUGAUCUGGAAGAUCCGAGAAGACGCCAAGACCAAGCGGUGACCGCCGCCUGCCCGCCCACCUCUCCCGCAGCCCCGGCCCGUCCUCUACCCCAGGCCUCUUCCAAAACAGUGCAAUAAAUCUCGAGAGCUAACCCUGUCCACAUCGCCAAGACACGGAAAACCGAGAAUGGGAGGAGCCGGCGGCAGAGAGCCCAACGCUGAGACUGACCCCACCCGGAGUCCCGAGCCCCUGCCUUACCCCUCUCGCCCGUCCCUGCCUCCCUGCCCCAGACCUCUGUCCUCUGGAGACUGCUGCUGACUUGACGGGCGAGGCCGGGACCACCCCACCCGGCACCCCAGCCGGGCCCUGCUGGUACCUUGGGCGGAGGCGAGACCACUACUCCUGCCCCUUCUCGUGGGUGGUGGGGGUGGGGAGGGGGGCGGAAGGCGGCUGGGCAGGCUUGUCGAAGGUUUGUUUGUGACAGGGGUUGUCUUUUUAUUUUGUAUUGUUAUUUUUAUUAUUCUUAAUUUAAAUCUGAUGACUUGCACAGUUGUCUUCCCCCACCCAGAGGAGCAAGACCCUGGUGCUGCCUUCCCUCCUGGGGGGUGGGGAUAGGGCUGGGAGGGGCCAGAUGUCACCCCAGCAGCUGCCAGGCCUUGGGGUUUCCGCUCGGUCUGGGCCUGGACAGGUGUGCACUGGCCUCCCCUAGCCCACCUGGACCCCAAAAUUUCUGGGAAACAAGCCAGCCCCUCCGUGAGCCCCCAGGACCUCGCCUUCCGGAUGCCCCAGGGCCCAUUGGCCUCUGGACACUUGUCUUCCCGCCAGAGCCCCGCCCUCAUCCGGGGGCUGUCUGUAAAGGCCUGCAGCCCCCCAGUUCCCAGACCCCCUUCCCCAGCCCCCCAGGCAGGGACGGAAUAAAUGUUUGUAUGGAUUUUAGAGCUCAUGGCGUCUUGAGGUGUUCUUGGUGCCAGGUGUGGCUCUACACGUGCAGUGGAGGUCACAUCACCCCUGAUGGUGGGGAUCAGGAGUGGGACCUACUCCUUCAUGACAGCCAGCCCAGUACCCAAGUAGCCCCUGUCCCAGGGCUAGUGUCCUAGAGCAGACCCAGGGCUGUGUUCUCUGGCUCCCUCAAGGUGCUAACAAUGGAGCCAGCAGCCAGGUCCUGUGGAUGGAGUUGCCACCCGUGAGGUGGGGGCUGCUGCCAAGGGCUGAAGGGUGGGAGACUCAGACAGCUGCUGUACGUUGCACAUCUGAGAAGCUAACUUGGGAAGGGAAGGGUGGCCACUUGUGUGAAGCAAAAAGUGAAGCCAGAAGAGCCUAAUGGACUGGAAGAUGCUGGGGCGCCCCAGGCCCCAAGGCAGGAACACAAAGGUGCUGGAAGGAGGCUGCCUGGAGGAGGCCUCCUGCCACUCCACUGCUUCAGCAGAAGUCAUUUGGGUUUCUGCUAAAGGCCAAGAGGACAGGUUCCUGGCUGAGGACACGGCAGUGCCUCACAGGCCAGGGUUGCAUAGGAGGACCACUGGGGGUCCUGGGGGUGUCAACUGAAAAGUAAAUAAAGCCUUGACCUAA